AUGUCGCGCCCAGGAAUUCUCUCAGGUCUGUCCGAGGAAGAAUCGCUCAAUGUUCAACGUAAAACAGAGUGUAAAAUAGCGAACAUUAUUAAGGACAGCAACGAUUUGACAGCUACAACCGAACCGCAACAGAAAAACGGGCCCGAAACCGAGGUUGGCGAGCCCCCGUAUCCAAAGGGUAUCCAGCUGGGGCUUAUUGUCUUUGCACUGUUCUGUGCAGUUUUCAUUGUCGCCGUCAGUCAAACCGUCCUAGCUACAGCUAUUCCGACCAUCACGAGCGUCUUCAACAGCUCCGACGAUAUUGCGUGGUACAGUACGGGAGAACAGAUCACUGCUGUUGCCUUACAACUUCCCUUUGGGCAAGCGUACUCGCUUUUCAACAACAAGUGGACCUUCUUGGCUUCAAUGGUCAUAUACCUCGCCGGCAGUGCUGUUUGCGGCUCGGCACCCACUUCAGUUGCGUUGAUUAUUGGCAGAGCUAUCCAGGGUAUUGGAAUGGCAGGUGUUUUUGGUGGCUCGUUCAUCGUCAUCGCGCGCAUUACGCCACUCCGGAAGAGAAGUCUGUUUGCUGGCUUGUUUGGUGCGGCGUAUGCCAUAGCCAGUGUUAUUGGCCCGAUCAUCGAAUUAGUCAACUUGCCUAUCGGGGCUAUAGUAUUCGUUGUUGUCACUUUUUGCCUACCACUUUCCCUUUGUCGGACCUCCACGGAACUCAAGACGAUGAGCCCGCUUCAGUUGGCAAAGAAGUUUGAUCUACCCGGCACCACCCUCCUGCUUGCUUCCCUGGUCUGCUUGAUGUUGGCUUUGCAGUGGGGUGGCGGCGAAUACCCUUGGAGCGAUGCCCGCAUCAUUACAGUCCUGGUGGUAUUUGUCGUUACCAUCCUCCCUUGGAUGGCACUGCAAUAUUUCCAGGGUGAUGAUGCUACCGUACCUCUUAGUAUUGUAAAUCAGCGAUCUGUUGCGGCUUCGAAUUUGUACCUUCUUUUCUUGAACGGAGCUUUUGGUGUUUUCAUCUUCUAUUUGCCUGUUUGGUUUCAAUCCGUUCAAGAAGACAAUGCCGAAUCAUCUGGUCUAAAGCAGUUGGCACUCUGUAUUAGUACGGCUGUUGGAUCAAUUGUGGCGGGUGGGCUUGUCAUGGCAAUUGGGUUUUACAACCCAUUCGUGAUUUUGGGCUCCAUGUUGGUCACAGCUGGCUCUGCACUGCUGAUGACCAUCAAAGACGACACUCCACUUGGCAUAUUAAUUGGCGCUCAGAUUCUAGUUGGCACUGGUGUUGGUAUUGGAGCCGAACAAGCUAAUGUAGCUGUUCAGACCGUACUGCCCAACGACAAGAUUCCUAAGGGCACGAGUCUGACAUUGUUCACAAGACUUCUGGGAGUUGCUCUGUCAGUUCCCAUCGCUCAGAGUGUUUUCCAGCAGGAGCUGUCCAAGAACCUCGGCGGUUCCGUUGCUGCCAAGAUCUACGGUGACGGUGGAACGACGCAGAUCAAAGACAAUCUGCAAGCAAUCUUCGGACCCGGUACCGCUGAAUUCCGGAGUGCACUAGACAAGGUCAACAGUUCCCUGACACGAAAUUUUCUCCUGGCCAUGAUAUUAGCCGCCAUCUCUUUUCUCUUUGCGAUCCUCUUGGAGUGGAAAAACGUUAAGAAAGAGAAGAGAUCAUUCGAUAACGCAAAGGAGCAAAAGUCGCAACCCCAGAACUAG